GCAACCAUUAGAAGGAAUUAUUUGUAAAGUGAUCGGUGGAACUACGUUCUUCGCUCUCGGAUGUAACAUAACUAUAGCAGGAUCAUUGGCUUUUGUAACUUACCUUCGUAUAUGUAAAAAAUGUAAUGUCAACUUGGGAAAGUACGAUUAUAGGCUGUUUCUUUCCAUUGCAUUAUUUAAUAUUGGAUUUACCAUUCUUGCAAUUCCAUCCCUUGGCCCUGCUAAAUAUUGGUGUAUUACUGGACAAAAUCCAAUAAUAUCGCUAUUAAUAGUUACUUUAAAUUGCACAAUAUUUAUGAUUACUCUAAUCUGCUACAUUAUGACUUUGCGAGAAAUAAACAAACGGCAGAAACUUAUUAAACAAUAUUCUCUCUCAGCUUCUAAAGUCAAUUGGAUAGAAAUAAUGGCUACAAGAAAAAUUAUUGGUUAUAUUUUAAUUUAUCUCAUGCAGUGGACGCCCGUGGCGAUUUAUGUUGCCGGAUUAAUGUUUAAUGUAUGCACAAUACCAGUAAUAACAAUAAACAUGGGCGGUGCAGCAAACAUGGUUGCAUAUAUUAUAAACGAAAAAUGGCGCGAUGAUUAUAAAUCUAGCUUAGACAUGUCCUCUUCGUAUAAUACCGAAAGCAAAAAUAAUUCUAAUUACAAUAAUUUAUUGGCAUCUCAAAUAGAGAUUGAAGAGGUCAUUACUAUUGAAAUCAAGCAAGAUAUUAUUUCUAGUUCACCAGCAGAUGAAAUGUUCGGUAAUGUGACUGCUUUGAAAUGA